CUCCAGAUGUUCAGGAACCUACUUCAGAAGAGAUUGCGUACCUAAUAGUGAAUAUUAAGGUUAGGAACAGUGAAUCUGUCUCUAGCUUACAUAAUCUUUCAACAAGUUACUUUAUCACGAACGACUAUUUAAAUUAG